UAGAUUAGAAUCCAAACAAGGAAAAAGAGCCAAAAAUAGGGGUGAGAUAAAGGUCAAUAUUCAAUUUAUGAGGAACAAUGUGACAGCGAGUAUGUUUGACUUAUCAAUGAAAGACAAAACAAGAUCUCCUUUUGCAAAAUUGAAAGAUAAGAUGAAAGACAGAAAGAAUGAUGGAACAUUUUCUGAUACGUCUUCUGCAAUCAUUCCAAGUACUCACAUGCCUGAUGCCAGUACUGAAUUUUCAAGUGGUGAAGUGCAGAUGAAAUCCAAACCAAAAAAGCCUUUUCUUUUGGGUCCUCAGCGACUCUCUUCAGCGCAUUCAAUGUCUGAUUUAACUGGAUCCCACAUGUCUUCUGAGAAACUGAAGCCUGGUACCAUGGGUCAAGCACAUCUUCUCGGACGCCAGAUAGAGUCCUUUGGAACAGUUCCCGAGAGUGGAAGUCUCAAAUCUCCACACAGAAGAACAUUAAGCUUUGAUACUUCUAAAAUGAACCAACCUGACAGCAUUGUGGAUGAAGGUGAAUCAUGCUUUGGAAGACAAAAUGACCCAUUUACAAAUGUGACUGCUUCAUUACCCCAAAAAUUUGCAACACUGCCAAGGAAGAAAAAUCCAUUUGAAGAAAGCAGUGAAUCAUGGGACAGCAGUGUGAAUUUAUUUUCAAAACCAAUUGAAGUAAGAAAAGAAAAGAAAAGAGAGAAAAGGGAGAAAGUUAGUUUGUUUGAAAGAGUAACUGGAAAAAAGAUAGCAGAAUCUGAUAAACUUAACAUUGGGGGAUCUGAUAGCCCUUGUGACUUGAAAUCACCUAACGCAUUUAGUGAAAAUCCUCAGGACUAUUUUGAUUAUGAGUCAACUAAUCCGUUUACAACAAAAUCCAGGGCUUCAAAUAUAAUGCCAUCUUCAAGUUUCCAUAUGAAUCUGACAAGCAAUGAGGAUCUCAGGAAAGUCCCGGACAGCAACCCUUUUGGUGCCACUGUGGGAUAUCGUAGUCUGAUUUAUGAAGAGGUACUGCGGGAGCUGGUGAAGCACAAAGAACUCCUUAGGAGGAAGGACACCCAUAUCCGGGAACUCAAGGACUACAUUGACAACCUCCUCGUCAGGGUAAUGGAAGAAACGCCCAGUAUUCUCAGAGUGCCAUACGAACCAUCCAGGAGAGCUGCAAAUUCUCCAGUAGUUAACAAAACGGAAGAUAUCGUAGGUGUCACUUGUGUGUAA